AAUGCACUCUUGAAGAAAUGCCCGGAAAUGCAGAAUGCGCCAGAUUGCCCAGAAUGGCCCCCACGACGCCCCAGUCCCCCGCAACACCUGCGGCUGCGGCGCGCUGCGGCUGCCACGGCCGGCCGGCGGCGGCGGAAGCAGCGGCGGGCCAGCAGGAACCAAGGGGCCCGGCGGUGGCGGUGGCGGUGGCGGCGGCGGCGGCGGCGGUGGCCCCGUGGGUCCGCUCAUCCGCCUUCGCGGCUACGACGCCCCUAGCGGCACCUGGCGGGCCUCGGUGCUCUUCGGCACCGCAGCCGCCGGCUUCACGGCCGGGGCCGCCGCCACCGCUGCCGCAGGGGGCACCGGUGCGAAGGGCGACAACGACGGCGGGGAAGGCAGCGGGCCGACGCUGCAGGAGGUGCCGCCUGCGCCCGCUCCUCAGGCGGAGGGCCAGCACGGCCCGGCAGCCGCGACGUCGGCGCCCGCGCCGCUGCUGCGCUACCAGCUGAGUCGCGUGCUGCCGGUGUCCACAGGCACUGGGCCGCACGCGCCAGCGGCGGCGGCGGGUGGCGGCGGCGGCGGAGCCGGAGACAUGCCGACGCCGCCCACCUCCCCAGGGCCCGAGGCCGCGCGCGUCCACCAUGACCCCACGGCCGCGGAACGCAGCCCAGCCCAGUUCCUGCCCAUGCCACCCGCUGCUGCUGCGGGCAGCAGUGCCCGACCGGGCCAGGCCCCGCCGCAGCCGCAGCCGGACCCGCCGCCCCCCUCCAUGCCGCCGACUGGCGGCUUCGAGGCUGCGGCCACACACGCCUCCCAGCCCGCUGACACGCUGUCGUGGGAGCAGGCGGCAGCGGCCAGGUCCGCAGCAGCAGCAGCAGCAGCAGCAGCAGCAGCAGGGGCGGCGGCGCCAGCUGGCGACGCGCCCGGCGGCGCAUCCAGCGGCGCAGCAAGCUUCCAAGACUACCACCACCGCCGCCAUGGUGGUAGCGGCGUCGUCGAUGGCGGUGAUGGCUGGAGGGAGGUGCGGCCGGAGCUGCUGGCUACGUUCGGGGAGGGCUGUGCCUUCUGGCGCUUCGAGCUGCAGGCGCCCGUGCUGGGCGACUCGGGCCAGUGGCUCACGUACGCCGUGGAGCUGCCCGGAGGCGGCAGUAGCAGCGGCAGCGGCAGUAGCAGUGCGGCGGCGGGAGCAGUAGCAGAGGCCAUCCACACGGCUGCCGUGCGGAUAGGGGUCGCCGGGCACGGCGAUGGGGGAGGGGGGAGCGAUGGGGGCGGGGGUUGGCACGGGGAGGCGUUCCGUGUGUACAUCCCCAGCACUGCUGAGGGCUGGCGCUGGGCCUUUCACAGCUGUGCGGGCUUCAGUAUGGACGUGCCGCCAGAGCAGCAGGCGGACAAGUACUGGGGCCACUCGCCGCUGUGGUCGGACCUGCUGGCGCAGCACGCGGCAGCGCCCCUGGCGGCCCUUGUGGGCGGCGGUGACCAGCUCUACUGCGACGACGUGUGGUCUCUGCCGGCACUGACGCAGUGGCUGGCGCUGCCGGACCCGUCGCAGCGCCUGGCCGCCGCCUGGAGCCCCGCCGCCGCCGCGCAGGUGUCGGCCUACUACACCGCCCACUACUGCACACACCUCAGCCAGCCCGCCAGCAGGAUGGCCUGGGCCAGCAUACCGCAGGUCAACACGUGUGACGACCACGACAUAUUUGACGGCUGGGGCUCCUACCCCGCCGCCCUGCAGGACUGCGCCGUGUUCCGGGGCGUCUUCGAAGCAGCCCGGGCCGCCUACCUGCUGUUCCAGCUGCACACCACGCCGGGCCGGGCCGCUGCCGACGGCUGCAUCGUUACGCCGGCGGGCGGUGUUCACCAGGUGGUGUGUCUGGGGCCGCGCCAGGCGCUCCUCCUGCCCGACCAGCGCGGGGAGCGCAGCAGGUUCCAGGUGAUGCCGCUGGAGAGCUACGCCGCGCUGUUCGGCGCCCUGGCCGACCCCCGCCGCCUGCCUUCCUCGGUGGCGCACCUGACGCUGGUGGCCACUGUGCCGCUGGUGUACCCGCACGUAGUGGGCUCGCACCGGCUCAUGGCUUUGUUCGGCUGGCUGAAUCACACCCGCUGGCUGCGACCCAUCAUGGCCAAGACCGGUGCCUCAUCCGCCAUCAUGAACCAAUUCGGUGAGCCGGACCUGCUGGACGACCUGCGCGAUCACUGGGUGGCGCCGGCGCACCUGGGCGAGCGCCGCUUCCUGCUGGAGCACCUGCAGAUGAUGGCCAAGAGCCGCAGCAUGCGUGUGAGCCUCAUCUCAGGCGACGUGCACCUGUGCGGCGCGGGCCGACUGUACAGCUGGCCCAUCAGCCGCCUCAGGCCGCCGCGACACGACUGGCGGCAUAUGGUGCAGGUGAUCAGCAGCGCCAUCGUGAAUGCGCCGCCGCCAACGGGUCUGGUCAAGCUGCUGCAGUGGUCUGGCCGCGCCGGCCUCACCAACCGCCGCACGCGCAACCACCUGCUGCGCACCUUCACGGACGUGCGCGGGCGCGCCAAGCUGCUCAACCGCCGCAACUACUGCCUGGUGGAGGAGGUGGUGGAGGGAGCGGCGGCGGGUCGGCCGGAUCAGCUGCGGGAGCUGCCUGGGAUGGAGGGCGGCCUGGCCUUCACGCUGCGGGUGGAGCUGCCCAGGGGCGCAGGCGCGCACAAGCAGGGCGGUGGCGGCGGCGGGCCGCUGCGCCGCCUUUUGGGUGCGUGCCUGCCUGGUGGCGGCGGAGGCGGAGCCGGAGGCGAAGGCCGCAAGCACACGGGGGCUGCGGCGGCGACCGCCCCUGCGGCCGGUGCGGCACCGACGUCGUUCCCAGGGGGCAGUGGUGCCGCCGCCGCGGCGGGCGGCGAGGGACCCGGGGCUGCGACGGCGCCUGCACCCGCCUCGCCUCACGAGUAUGACGCCGUCGGCGGCGGCGUUGGCACCACCGGGGACAAGAAGCACGGGCACGGGCCGAGCGGCGGCAUGGCCACAGGCACGGGCACGGAGCAGGAGGGGGAUCCGGAGGGGCUGGGUGUGGUGGUGGUGAAGCCGUACGUGAUCACUGUGCCGUCACUGGACGUACAGCGCACACGGCUGGGCGACAAGGAUGCAGAGGUGUUCCAGGUGACAGACUUUUGAGUUGGUUAGGCUUGGGCUGAGUCAUGAGUGGGGGCCUGGUUCUGGUGGGCCCGGCAAGUCGGGCAGCGGCGUGUCAUGGUGGAGCGUGGAGACGCGGAGACGGGAUGGCCCGACAC